AUUAAAAUUGCAUCUGGCAAAACUGAUUUGACAUGUCAAUAUAUAUUAAUUACAUUUUGAUCCAAUUUAAUUCGUUUUUAUUAAAAGAUUCUUCAAUUACAUACGUUACUGUGGUAUAAACAAAUGUUUUCUUUCAUAAAUUGAAAUUGUGUAUUUAUUUAGCAAUUUACGUGCUUUUCUGCCUAUUAAAAGUCACGUCGAAUGAUCUUAGACAUGUCAUCGAGUCGGUCGAAAUCAUCAAUUCUCGAUAAACCUUUGAGUAAAGGAAAAGGCGAAAUUUCGUUAGCAGUUUACGCACUGUUAUUUUCUGAAAUUGUCCAAUACUGUCAAAAUCGUUCCCAGUCUAUCCAUGAGCUACAAAAUAAAUUAUCUGAAAUUGGUCAAGAUGUGGGUACUAGACUGUUAGAUCUAUACUUUACUCGAGAAAAAAACAGCAAACGUGAAAUAAAGGUGUUAAACUUGCUUUUAUUUGUGAAAACUGCACUUUGGAAGGCCUUGUAUGGUAAAGAAGCUGAUAAAUUGGAACAUGCAAAUGAAGACGACAAGACAUACUAUAUCAUUGAAAAGGAUGCUCUAGUUAACAAAUUCAUAAGUGUACCAAAAGACAAGGGCUCGCUCAACUGUGCCACAUUCAAUGCGGGCAUUAUAGAAGCAGUACUCACUAAGGGUGGUUUUCCUGCUAAAGUUACAGCUCACUGGCACAAAGGCACCACAUACAUGAUUAAAUUCGAAGAUUUCGUUAUAAUCAGAGAUAAAUCUCUUGAUGAUCGUUAAAAUCCCGUUCUAAUACCUAAUUACUAUAUUUAAUAAAAUGUGCUCAUAUACGAUUUGUUUGAAAUUGCUUUGUAUAUAGUUAUGUAUGUCAAUGCAUGUAUGUUUAAUUUACAUUAAUAAUAUUCGAUAAGUACUGAAAUA